CAAGCAGUAUGGACUCACCUGUGUCAUUAGUGAAGAAACGGCGGUCAUUUCUCCCUACACCCACCAAGUCAAGUGUAGGAUCCAGUGGUUCUUUUGCUUCACCUUGCCCGUCAAGAACCAGCAGUACAUCUUCACAGAAAUCACUUGAUUCACCAUUUACUAGAAGCUCAUCGGUCGGAACCCGUAGUGCUAUAAAGAUUGGAAGUCUGGACCUGAUGGAUGAUUCUUCACCAAGUGCUAUGAGGCCAAAGAGACAGUUAGUUACAAAUACACCAAACAUGCCAAAGAAGAAGGCCUCCAUGUGGUCACCAGUACAGAAGAAGAAACCUCAUGAUUUAAUAGAUCAAGCUAUAAUGUGUACAAAAAACUUACGUAAAUAAACAUAAUAAUCAGCUGAUAGUUACCCAAUUAAUAGUUGGAAAAAGAUAAUGAUGCAUGUUUUAUAUUUAUAUAGCAUUCUUUUUCCUAUAAACUCAAUGUAUACCCUGAAUUAAACAAUUUACCUUGAUAAUACACUUUGAGCCCCUCUAAUGCUUUGGACAAAAACAACAACAACAACAUUGCUUGAAUGUAAUUAAGAUUAAAAAUGGAUUGUUUUGUGAAAAAUUGAAAUUGGUUCAUUUAGGGGUGCACAUUAUAAGUUUAAAUAUUUAAUUUUUGUAUUUUUACAUUUUACUCAAUGAAUGAACAGUGCUUUUUGUGUUGCAGUAAAAUCUGUGAUAGGAUGUUUACUGUGUUUGAUUUGUAUGAUAAUGAAUUGUAUAGACAAAAAUAUUUGUGUAAUAUGUUGAUAAAUGUAAGCAAUAUAACUUGAGAAAUUAUUCAUACUAUAAGUAUUGUAUUUUAUUGUAUUAUAUCAUUUUGAUACAGUCUUUUUCAACUGAAGGAAGUAUGUACACCUGGAUUGUAUCAUUUCCAACGGGUACAUAAUGUUUUAUUCUCACUUGCCCUAAUACAUUCUUUAUACAAUCAACUCAAAUGAUACAGUCUAUCAGACUAGCACACUUGUGUAAUAUUCCCUGUAGAUCAGUCACAAUAAAUAUAUAAAUGGUUUGUCACAGAACUGCGUUGACUUGAUAUUUAAACUUGUCAAGUUACUAAGUUUUGUAAAUUAUAAAUGAUAUUAAACAAAAAAAAUGGUAAUUUUAGUAUUUUGUGACAGGAAUGUGUUCUUUCAAAGAGUAUGAUAUAAGUACUAUAUUUAAUGCAAUUUGUUAAUUCAUCCCGAGUGAAAAUAUUUAAGUAUGUUAUCCUAUAUUUGCUACAUUAUUUUGUUGAAUGCUUUAGGUGCUAUUUUCUACUUCCUAUGGAAAUGUUACAUUUGCAUGUUUUUGUGCAAAGUUAGUGCUUAUAAUAAAUUUGAACAAAUAUAAAACCUGUUUGAUGAAAACAAGAGAAAUGUCGUUUCUGUGGAUUUUAUUUUUACUUUUUGAUGGGUGA